AUGGAAUUGACAGCUCUAUUAGAAAAGAUCGAUAGCAUUGAUAAGCCAGAUGGUUCAACUAAUGAAUUGUUAAAAAAAUUUGGGGAUCUUUUAAGAGAAGAUUCAGUUAGGUCGAGUUCCAUAUCAAAAGGUUCUAUUCCAACAGUCAUAAAGAUAACUAAUGCCGAAUUAUUUCAAGUAAUCGAAUCAGGAGAUGAUGCGUCUUGCUAUUCUUUAAUACUUGAGGCUCUUAGAGUUUUGAUCAAUUUUCUAGCCAAUAAUGAUGACAAUAGACUGUUUUUAGCAUCUUCUGAUUUGGAUUAUAAGGCAACUUUUUGGUCGUUAAUAUGCAAAUUGUUUAGCCUGAAUACUCUUAAUGCUAAAAGGAAUGUUAUUUAUGAGAGAAUUCUUUUAAUGUUGUCACAAUUCAUACAUAACACCGAUUUGCUAAAGAGCUUUAUUAUAUUUUUUAGUGAAACAGGAAUUGAAAAGUGCUUAAUAGAGUAUUUGAGGUUUAUAAUUGAUUCUGAACUUGCUGCUGAGACAGGCUUUGAUGAACUAAUGAUUCCAAUAGAAAUAUAUUCGGAAUUUAUGAGUGAGAUGUCUGACACCACUUCUGUUGAUAUGAUAUUUGCAAAUGAUUGUAAAGAGCAUCUUGAUACUAUUAUAAAGGUGUUUAAUUUUGCGGUUAGAUUAAACGUAUAUGAACAUGAUAAGGAAGAGAUGGAUAUAGUCAAUGACGUAUUUUCCAACUUAUCCAAUAUUAUCUAUAAUAUUACAUUAUGUGAAGAUAUCCCCAAUUUGUCGUCAACUAAAAUACACUCAAAGAUCUUGAAAUUAAUUCCUCAACUUCCUACAAAAAUACAGAAUUUUACUUUGAAUAAGAGAAGAUUAUUUUCGUCCAGUGGUAAUAUUGCAUCGAUGACAAACUACGACAACUCUGUGGAUUUUUCAAUGGCCAUAGAAUAUUUUCGUAAUCCGGAAACGGAUCCUUAUAUUUUGUCUGCUUGUGCUAUAGACCUUGGUAAUUACAUUACAAGUGUUGAAAAAGCCGAGUUGCUAAGAGUGAAAAUAGACAACGAAAUUGGUUUGAAAAAAUUUAUAGCAAAUUUCUACGGAAUCAAGUUUAACGAUGUGAUUCAAUACCAAGCCUUCCAUUUAUUUAAUAACUUAAUGUCGAGUGAUAUUGCCGUUUAUUCAUUCGAGAACUACGUUAGCGUCUUGAAAUCGGCCAAAGUUGUAGUAGAUAAUGGUCAAUACUAUAAAGAAGUGUUUGGAAUUUAUUCCAAAUUUAUCAAAAAGUUAAUACGCUUUGCAUUUAUCGAAAAAAAGAAUUCACAGAUAAGCAUAUUUGAAUUCAAGGACCUUUGGAACCACUUCAAUCCUGUGGACCACCCGGGAGCUGCAUCCGAAGAGAUCUAUCUCAUAUUAACCCAAGCAUUCAUAGCAACAAAAUUACUUGAAACAGGAAGUGUCGAGCCUGAAAAUGCACCCUUUGUUACCUCCUUAGUCGAAAAUCUCGUAAGUGCUAACGGUCUAAAUGACGAUAUAUCAUCUACAUUCCUACUGGAAAAGUUAAAGACCCUUGGUAUUUUUUUCAAGACAAUUGCAGCCCACAGUAUAAAUAGCCAAGUAAUUACGAAAGUCUUGUAUGAUUCAGAUCCCGAUCAAUAUUAUCUGCAUUUCAUUACUCCAUACCAUAUAUUCUUGGAGAAACUACAACAGAUACUCGACGAACAAAGAAAUUUAAAUAACGCAAACAGCCAAAAUCAGUUUAGUGUUAUCCAAAACAAUUCUAAGUUUGUAUGCGCCACUACAAUCGCUUACUGCAACCUUUCUCAUGAUACCAAUGAAGAAGUCGAUGCCAUUCAAUCUAUUUGCCAAUCUAUCAUACGGUAA